AUGGUUUGGAUCUUAUCUCUCAUAGAAGCCGCCUGCUGGACCCGAUAACGUUCGGAACACACAGAAGUGGAAAGGACGGGAUUAUCUUUCGGCUUUUCAAUGCACUGACUACUGGCAUACGGUGCACGAGGGCCUUUCUUAUCACGGCCAUCUCCAUCCAGAAGAACGGACAAAUAUCUGCACUUUCAGCGAGAUCUUAUCGACACAACAAUCUAUUGUUUCCCAGCUGGGUGUUCACAAGGCACAAUAUUUUUAUCUUCAGAAAUAUUUAUCACAUAGUCGUUAACUAUACUAUCAACUAUACUAUCAUCUUCCCAACGAAUUGAUAUACCACAACUUGAAAUUAGAUGGUUCUGAGAUAAACAGCAUUUUGUUUGAUUCGACUGUUCAAAAUCUCCAAAAGUAAACAGCAAUUUAUUUCUUAAGGCGGUCAACAGUAGCCUAUAAUUCCUGUCAUGAAUUGGACUAAAUAAAAUGGUUUGUGAGAAAAAACUAAGGGAAGCACAGAGUUAAUUUGGAGUUGGAGUUUACUCCAACAGCUAUCAGGAAUCAUCAGACAGUUGUGUCUCUCAACUGUUUGUCAAGCUAUUUUUGGAUACGAACUGAAAAACUUAUGAAAAGACUGAAAAUGAUGCUGAGUCCAGACCAAGCUGAUUCCGACCUCGGAUGGGGACAAUCCGACGCAGAGUCGGUGCUCAAUGACCUCAAGGUCGGGUGCCUGUCCGACGAACCGAUGGAGGGGGAGGGGAAGACGAGGUCACUGGCCCAACCGACCCUCAGCAGGGAGGAGAAGAGACGGAGGAGACGUGCAACGGCCAAGUACCGCUCGGCCCACGCCACGCGCGAGAGGAUCCGCGUGGAAGCGUUCAAUGUGGCCUUCGCUGAACUGAGAAAGUUGCUGCCAACCCUUCCCCCUGACAAGAAACUCUCCAAGAUCGAGAUCCUUAGACUUGCAAUAUGCUAUAUCUCCUAUCUCAAUCACGUUCUGGAUGUCUAGUUGAAAUUAGUGAGAUACAUUUUCAAAUGGGAGAAUUGGACAAGGAGAAUGGAGGGACCAGAAAGAAAUAUGGGUGACAUCAUGUUACUUAUGAAAUCGGGGAUACAUGAAAGUUGCCAGAAAGUACAAAAAAGGGGGAGGAGAGAAGGAGUCUGCAGCCUACAGCCUACUUAUCCAUGAUUUUGAAGAAAAUGCCUGUUUGAUAUUGCGUAUGGUGAGGCUGGGUAACCCAGAUGAACGAAAGAACGGAUGUAAACGGAAUGAUAUAGCUGCUUUAUAGACAUAGCAUAGUUGAUGUUUCCAUAAAGGAGAACAAGUUCAAAUGCAUUAGUGCCACUUA